GCGGGGCCGCGCCCGGCCGUGCCGUGCCCCGAGGCGGGUGGAGGCGCAGUGCCCGACCGGUAUCAGUGCGGUUGGCCGCAGUGUCUGCGCUCUACGACGGGACGGCUGUCGAGGUCAUCAGUGAAAAGUGGAGAAAUGGCUAGACUGACCCAGUUUGUUGACAAUGAAGUUUUCCGGGCUUUUGCUACUUAUGCGACUAUUGUCGUUCUGAAAAUGAUGCUAAUGAGUGUUACAACAUCAUACUUCAGACUCACGAGAAAGGCCUUUGACAACCCAGAAGAUACAGCAUCGUUUGGAAAAGGCGAAAAUGCUAAAAAAUUUGUGCGGACUCAUCCAGAUGUUGAUCGUGUACGCAGAUGCCACCUGAAUGACCUGGAAAAUAUUGUCCCUUUUUUUGGCAUUGGACUGCUGUACGCUCUUAGUGGCCCUGAGCUUUCCUCAGCCUUGCUGCACUUCAGGAUCUUCACUGCGUGUAGGAUCGUUCACACUUUUGCCUAUUUGAUCCCUCUUCCCCAGCCCAGCAGAGGUUUGUCUUGGGCAAUAGGGUAUGUGGUGACCUUCUCUAUGGCAUACAACAUAAUGAAGUCAGUGCUAUACCUGUAGCAGAGUCAUAGCUUCUGUAUGCCAUUUGACAUUCCAUACAAAGUUUCCAGCAGUGUAUGUUGAUGUCUUGAAUGAGCCAGCAUUCCAUGGUGACUGGAAUUAAUUUUUUAACAGAGGCCUUUCUUUCCUGUUCAGAAGCAUUUCUUUUUGGAAGGAAAAAAAAAAAGCCUUUCUCUUUGUAUUCUCUAUUCAUGGGUUGCAUUGCCAAAAUAACUAGGUUGAGUGUUCCCUUUGUGAUUUGUCAAGUGCUUACAAUUCUAAACAUGCAAUGGUUCUGUAUUGAUAGCAUGUGUGGUAAUUUUCUACAGAUGCACUAUUUUUGGCUGUAGCUCUGAAGUCUACAUCAAUAAAGACAAGAGGAAAAAUAA